AUGGGCUAUACGACGCUCUGGAGGCGGCUCUCACCGCGGCAGCUGAAUGUCACUAUCCAAUUUUUCUCGCUCAUCUCCAUCUUCUUCGAAGGCUAUGAUCAGGGCGUCAUGGGCGGCGUCAAUGCCUCGCCCAAGUACGUGACUGAGGUCGGCAUUGGGAAGCCGGAUGGCACCGUGAUAAAUACCACGCACCAGGGCGGAAUUGUUAGCGUCUACUACUUGGGUGCUAUCCUCGGCUGCUUUGCUGGAGGGUGGAUGGCUGACCGAGUUGGUCGAAUCAAUGGCCUGUUAAUGGGCGCCUUAUUUGCCUUGGUCGGCGGCGCAUUACAGUCCGCAGCUCAGAAUUCGGACUUCAUGAUUUGUGCUCGAGUGAUAACAGGCAUUGGUACCGGAGCCUUAACCGGCAUCACCCCUGUCCUAGUGUCGGAAACCUCUUCUGCGGAUCACCGUGGUGGGUUUCUGGGUUACGUAUUCAUUGCGAACUAUCUCGGGAUAUCAGUCGCAUAUUGGAUAUCGUUCGGUCUCGCAUUCAUCAAUAAUGGGUACUCGGACGUGCGAUGGCGGUUCUUACUCGCCUUCCAAUGUUUCCCAGCUCUGAUUCUCGUCUGCUGCAUCAAGAUGCUGCCAGAUAGUCCCCGGUAUCUCGCUUCCGUUGGUCGGAAAGAAGAGGCACGUGAGCUAUUAGAGCGCAUUCGUAAGCACAGGGCUAGCCCAGAGGAGAUUGAUCGGGAAUACUUGGAGAUUGUUACUUUGGCAGAGGAAAGCCAGCUUAGCUCUCCAGUCCAAUUUGCAAAAAUCUUGCUCGGGAAGGGUGGAAAGCGUCAUCCGAACUUAGGCAGGCGAGCUUGGCUGUGUGUCUGGCUCCAGAUCAUGGCCUCCUGGACAGGCAUUACGGCUGUCACGGCGUAUUCUCCAGUUCUCCUGCACCAGGCCGGAUACAGCACCAUCAACCAGAACGGUCUAGCCGGAGGGAUCAACACGGUUGGCAUCAUCGGUACUAUAAUAAGCGCUCAGAUUGUCGACCGCUUAGGUCGCCGUGUCUGUCUUAUAGGGGGUUCAGCAAUGCUAUUUGCUGUAAACCUAAUUGCUGGAGCCGUCUACGAGGGUUCAUUACGUAAUCCCAGCAAGGCUGCUCAAUAUGCUCCAGGGGCUAUUACCAUGUUGUUUAUGUUUAAUAUUGCUUACGCUGCAACCUGGGGUACUGUCGCAUUCCUGGUGCCUACGGAGAUAUUCCCUAGCGAGUUGCGAGCCCAGGGUAAUGGGUUCGGUAUUACUGGGUGGGCUAUCGGUGUGGGAAUGACCACUCUGGUCAAUCCUAUUAUGUUCAAGACCAUGACGAGCCGCACGUACUUCCUCUUCGCCGGUCUCAAUUUGAUUUGGAUCCCCAUCAUUUAUCUCUUCUACCCCGAAACCCGUAACCGCUCCCUGGAAUCUAUCGAAGCACUAUUUUCCACCCCGAGUCCCUUCUACUGGAAGAUGGAGCAGGCGUAUAAACUGCAUGGUAAUGUCUUGGUGGAACACGGAGUCAGCAAGAAUGAUGGCCUUGAUGCAGGCCAGAAUGAGUCGACAUCGUACGAAAAACCAGAGGCGCAGAUGAUCGCCUAA